UUGAUCUGAUAUGCUAUCAAGUCCCCUCUCACUGUUCACCCCCUAAACACAACCCUCCUGUGCCUUGCUGGGUGAGGCUUGGGAACUGUCAGGAAACGUUGUUUAAUAUAUGUUCUCAUUCAAAGUUGGAUUGCUAAAUUCUUGGUGUCAGAUGCUGUGAUCUGGCUGGACUGUUGGUAAAAAUGCUGCCUUGAUGUGACAGUUGGAAGUAAAUCGAUGGACUUGUGUUCCUGUGCAGUUUAAGACAAUUCAAGGAUGAAUCAAGGAAGAAUGCUUUGUUUAGCAUUCAGUAAAGUGAUGGACUAGCAAGUGUUAAACCAGAGCCGGUUAGUGUUCAAUUGGACAACACUUCAUGAAAUUGUCUUUUAUCUCCCGAUUCAAGGAAAUUGUGCAAGAACAAUCCUGUAUUGUUCAACAACGCUCCUGUUUUUUAAAAUGAAAUUGUCCAAGAAAUCCUGAUUCAAGUGAAUGGUCCAAGAACAAUCCAGUACUGUUCAUCAAUUCUUUUUUGUUCUUAAAGAAGAUAAUUGUGCAGGAAAUUAUCCCAGAAGUGUUGUGUUGUUUGUAGACAGGAAGACAAGUGACCUGGUGAUGGUCAAUCUGCAUGUUGGCUGUACCAAGUCACUCAGUGCUGGAGAGCACCAGAUGUGUAGACAACAGGACAUGUUUACUAAAGAGACAACAAGGCCCUCUUAAACAGAACUAUCCUUGUGUCUUGAAUUGUGUCACAGAAUAUGUGUGAUUUGGGAUAGUGAACAUUCAUAUUUAUGAAGCCUGUGGUUGACAUCUUGUAUUGAUUUCUGGGAUCAGUAAUAGUAUACUUUAUAGGAUUAGUAUAAUGUGUGUAGUGUUUUAAUACAUGGAUAAUUUUAAAUUUUUCAUCACCAUUUGGAGUAAUUGUCUGGAGAUUUAUACCUUCUAAAUGACAUAAAAAAUUCUUGUGAAUGACCAAAAUCAGAUCUGGAACUGUUUACGGAACAGCUUGUUUAUUAACUGAAGGUACAACAAAAAAGAACAUUUGCAUUCCCCUAAGUGUGUUGUUCAGUGCCGUGCAGUAUUUCCUAAGUUUGCUCGACCAAACAAGUUUGGGGUUUGGCCAGUGAGACAAGACCGUGGUCCUCAUCAAAUAUUCAAACAGGGACUGUUAAAAUUAACCCUUAUUCCCAAAAAUAUCAGUUGAGGCUACUAGCCUUAAUUUUUUGUAUCAUUUUCAGAAGAAGGUUAGUCUAAUUUUAAUAGAGGCUGAUGAAAGUUUAUUUGACUUGAGCUUGGAACAAGUGGCUAAAGCUGUAUAUUGCCUUACUCUGUUCUGAAAACAUCAUGUCUGCCCAGAACAUAUUUUCAGGAUCAUUUUCAGCUGUGCCUUUUUUUUAAAACUUCAGACCACCUGCAAAAGUUGAAAACUACAAGGCUUCAUAACUCCACUGUCUAGAGUGAGGGUCGUACUAGAUACAGUAUCCCCGAUUCCCUUGUCUCUGACCAAUGGAGGGUCUGUCGGGCCACAGGAUGCCUCCAUUAAGGGGAGACAACUCACUGUCUGGCCCUGUGUAUUCAACCAUGAGCCAGAACGGCCCAUUCAGACUUGCAGAAUUAAGAAAAAGCACACCAACCAAGAGGAAGUCUAAGUCUGGUAACCGUAGCAACCGGAUGCCACCGAUUCAAGGGGCCAGCCAACCAAGUCCCAAAGUGGUAAAUCCAGGCACCAUUGAGAGAACGGUGGAAGACGCCAUGGUAACCUGUCUGCAGGAUGUGAUGUACGAUACCGAGACUUGCAUUCGUCUUUCAAAGACUCUCGCCGGGACGAUUAUGGAGAAAAUAAAGCCGUUGUCGUGUGGCCGCUACAAGAUGGUUGCCGUGGUAAGCAUCGGCAACAUCAAGGAGCAGUCUGGGAUGCAGUUCGGCAGCCGGUGUCUGUGGAACAAGGAAUCAGACUCCUUCCUCAGCGUCAAGUACGCAAAUGACUCACUGUUUGCUGUCGCUAUGGUGUAUUCACUGUUGUUUGAAUAACAAAGUUGUGUACUUUAUGUGAAAGUUUUGUACUUGCUGUUGCGUGAGUGAGGCCAUGUAUGGUGAACUUGCUGUUGUGAGAGUGAAGCCAUGGUGAACUCGCUGUUGCGUGAGGCCAUGGUGAACUCGCUGUUGUGUGAGUGAGGCCAUGGUGAACUCGCUGUUUGAGUCCAGGAAGAACUUGCUGUUGUGUGAAUGAGGCCAGGGAGUUAACUGACUAUAAAAGUCCAGUUUCCACCCUUGCCAAACUAGGCUGAAAUUCUGGAGUAAUAUUUUGGCUCAACUAACAAGACUAUACAUAGUCCAAUCAAAAUCGCAUAACAAAAUCGACAUCUGGUUUGUAAACUGCCGUGCAGAUUUCAGUUGAUUGCAGAAUUUGCAAAGCAUGUUUACUGUCAACUUAGUGUCAA